ACCAAUGCAACGCAACAUGCUGGUCCGUUUGACGGAAAGCUGAAUUGACCACUGCGGUAAACGCUACCGCGCACACAACCUUAACUGCUGACUAGAGCGCUAGCUGCCGACACAACCAGCUGAGAGGCAGCUACGGGAGGAAAACAGAGCAAAUGAGGUCCGGGAUUCAAAAUAAAAUGUGUUGGAGCCGGGCCCUUCUCACCGGCUGGGUUCUGCUGCUGGUCCAGCUGCUGUGUUUUGAGGCAGUGCCCAUCAGCAUGGAUAAGACAAAAGUCCAAGAGCCAGAGAAAAAAAUAGAAGAGCCUCCACCUAGUGUGGACACUGGACUCCACUAUGACCGCUAUCUCAGGGAAGUCAUAGAUUUUCUUGAGAAAGAUCAGCAUUUCAGAGAAAAGCUCCACAAUACAGACAUGGAAGACAUCAAGCAAGGUAAGCUGGCCAAAGAGCUGGACUUUGUCAGCCAUCAUGUCAGAACCAAACUGGAUGAGUUGAAGCGGCAGGAGGUAAACCGACUCCGAACUCUGAUUAAGGCCAAGCAAGACCUUGAAGGAGGGAAUGACAUCGCCGUGGACCACCAGGCUCUGCUGAAACAGUUUGAGUAUUUGAACCACAUGAACCCACAUACAUUUGAAGUGGAGGACCUGGAUCGCCUCAUCAAAUCGGCCACUAAAGAUCUGGAGAACUUUGACAAAGAGAGACACGAGGACUUCAAGAAGUAUGAAAUGAUGAAAGAGCACGACAGACGGGAACACCUGAAAGCACUGGACGAUAACGAAAGAAAAAAAGAGGAGGAGCACUAUGAGGACAUGAGGAAGAAGCAUGCUGACCACCCUAAAGUCAACCACCCGGGUAGCCAGAAUCAACUGAAGGAAGUAUGGGAGGAAGCCGAUGGCUUGGACCCUGAAGAUUUUGACCCAAAGACCUUUUUCAACCUGCAUGAUACCAAUGGAGAUGGCUUUUUUGAUGAACAGGAACUGGAGGCGUUGUUCACCAAAGAGCUGGAAAAGAUUUAUGAUCCCACCAACGAAGAGGAUGAUAUGGUGGAGAUGGAGGAAGAGAGGCUACGUAUGAGAGAGCAUGUUAUGAAUGAGGUGGAUUCUAACAAAGACAGGCUGGUCUCCUUGGAUGAGUUCCUGGUUGCUACAAAGAAAAAGGAAUUCUUGGAGCCAGAUAGCUGGGAGACCCUGGAGCAGAACCAGGCUUAUACCGAUGAGGAGAUGAGGGAGUUUGAGGAGCAUCUUGUUCAGCAGGAACAGGACCUCAACCAGAAGGCUGAUGACAUCCGGAAACAGAGAGACGAGCUGGAGAGACAGCAGGAGCAGCUCAAUGCACAGAAAAUAGAGCUGCAACAGGCAGUUGAGCAAAUGGAAAGGCUGAAAACACAGAAAGUAGAACCCCCUCCAGAGGUUCACGUCCAGGAAAAUGCUAUUCCAGAGAUGCACGCAUUUGACACCCAGUUGCAUCCUGAACAAGAGGCCCAACCACAAGGACACCAACCUGCACCCCAAGAUCCUCAAUAUACACCUCAGGAACACUAUGAACAACAUCAAGACCUGGCCCAGCAGGGGCUCCCCCAGACACACCAGGAUCUGCCACCAGGCCACCAAGAAGCUGCACAAGGCCAGCAUCACCUGCCAUAACAGUGCUGUCAGAAAUUGAACCUCCACAACCAGACUUUUGCUGCACCUCCAAUCCAGCGCACAAAGGAGCAGAUCCUCUUCUGUAUUAGGCCUCUAACCAGCAUGACUUACGGGGUGUGGAGGAUAUGUGAGAUGGAGAGCAGCAGCACAAUAGGAAUCCCUGCUGAAUGAUACCAAUGUUUGAUAACUGUACUCCUUUGGAUUACAUGACGGAAUUACAAAAGUGAAAUGACGAACCAAGGACGUGCAUCCUGAAAUGAGCAAACCUACAUUUUCAAGUUUGAUUACAUUAGAAAUAAUCAAGAAUGUUUGGAAAUACAAUUAUACGAAAAUAUAAAUUUGAGCUUUCUGUACCCGCGGUUUGCUGUUACAGAACCUCUAACAAUGACAUGCUACUGGCUCUACAACCUAGAUAAAGUAAGGUGUAAAACUAAUUAAAAUUUUAAUCAUUUAAAUUUUGAUUUUCUGACUUGACGAUCACGAUUAGUUAGUCCCCAUAUGAGUUUACGUGCCAUUUGUGGUGAAAUGUGUUUCACUGGACUGUAUCACACAUUUUAGAAAUUGAGUGUGAGAAUCCUUUUUUUUUUUUUAGAUGUUCUCUCAUUGCAUAAAGAGCAAAAUAGGCACUAUAGCAAUUUUAACCCAUAUACAGCAUUUGAUGCCCAAACCGGAACCCAAUUUUUCACUCAAAAAGUAAAGACUUCUUGAUGCAGACACGUAUAGUUUUAUGUAAUGAUAAUCUACAAGGUCCAGUCAGAUACGUUUUCUCCACUUGCCGCUGUCACCAAAUAUUAGGGUGAGGGUGUUUUUUGUUUUGUUUUGUUUUUUAACCAGAAACACCCUCAUGAAGCCAGAAUGCUCAGUCCUUAUACUUGUCAGGUUCAGGUUGAUUCUGGUUGCUUUUCAUAACCUGCCAGCUUUUUACGUUUACCUACCUUACAACAUCUUUUCAUGUGUGCAGUCAAAUCUUCGGAGAGAAAACGUAUGCUCUGCCUACAGGAUAUCAGGAACUGGCCAUUUUUGGGUCACACUGCAGAUGCUCUUCACGGACUUUGAUCAAAAUAAAGGUGCUAGGUUCUUGAAAUAAAUGUAAGUGUGGAACGUCUCUCCAUUCAAUAAGUAUUCCCCUACUUUAUUACAGCCCAAAGUCCUGCAGAUGCUUGUUUUAAGUAACCUAGUAAAAUAAAUUUGCUUUGGUACACGUAACAGUAGAAUGGGCAGUAAAAUGUUGGUCUAUUGUUAAUGUGAUCCUGAUUUUUAAUCUGUCUUAAUAUAACAGUUUGCCGAUUAAAGGUGUAGACUUUCACUCCAGUCUUUCAUCGCUAUUUUUUUGAAAGUAUUUUGUUGAAGCAACUGCUGGAUUUGGUAAAUUACUUUGGUUAACUUAAAGAUUUUAGUAGAAAGGGCAAAGUUCUUAGUUGGUAGGAGCCAAUUCCGAUAUUACUACUCUUUUUUUGUUGUCUGUUGACAUUAUAACAUUUUCUGAAUCUGAAUUCACUUAACAUUAUAUUUGGCACCAGACAGAUGUGUAUUACUUGGUCUUAAUUCAAAAAACCUGGCAUGGCCUAAUCUUUACAGUCUAAGGGCAUGGCAUAUUUUCCUACAAAUUACCAGUUUGAUGUAAUUGCUGUGCUAUCCAGGUUGCUUUUUUCAUGUAAUGUUGUGGUUUCUUCUUGCUGGCAGACUGUGGCCAUGGCAAACAGGUUAACUUAUUGCCACUUUUUACCGAAGAAGGCUUCAUUGACAGAUCUGCCUUAUUGUGAUUUUAGUUCAAACUAAAUCUAGAUAUGGAGUACAUUUCUUUUUUCUUUGCUGUGUGCCAAGUGUUCCUUUCACACAAUCAUAAUUUGCACACAAUGUACUUUAAAAACUGUUUUCCAAUUGGUUGCUGCUGGAUAAAAUAGUAAUUUGACAGUACUGUACUCCUCAGUUUAACAUAAUAAAACGGUUAUGACCUUUCA